GGUGAGACAGCGCUUCAUCUUUUGGAAGUCCAUGGUGUCCAUUCUUACCCAGACAGCAGUUCUGCACAUGAGAACUCACCUGUCAGGUUGAUGGUGGGAUGUAGUUCCUCUGCUGGUUCUCCAGGUGAAGUGUGGUUCCAUGUGAUGAAUCGGCCUGCUCUGCCUCCCAUUCAGCCAACACCAGCCACUGUUACUGUGCAGCUGAGAAUUGCCACAGAUGCAUCCUUCGCCAGCUUCCACCCUGAAGCUCACCUUCCUCUCAGCCGAAUGCAAGGCAGACCGGUGUUUCUGGAGGUGAGCCUGCUGGAAUCCCCAGAUCCAAACCAGGUGCUGCUGGUUCACUCCUGCCUGGCUUACACUCCAGUUCCAUAUGCCACUUGGACCCCUGUUUAUGAUAGCUGUUCCAUCCAGGGUGUUUCACAGCUGCUUCCUUCCCCAAACCCCCACCACAUCCGGAGGAUCGUAAUUUCCACUUUCCUAUCUGUUCCCCUGGAAGGUUCACCUUACAAUGGUAGAGGAUACCCUCUGCUGCAGGACCCAGAGAUCUACUUUUUCUGCCUGACUGAAGUGUGCUCUGCUGCAGACAGUGACUGCAACAUACGCUGUUUGAAAGGUCCUAACAGUGAUGUGUGGGCAAAGAAAUAAAGACACUUUCAC